AAGGGCACCUCCCAUGUGCAGCUUCAGCCAAUCAUAGAAGCCCCAGUUAGCUGAGCUCACUUGUCUUCAUCUCCUCGGCAGGGAAGCAUCUGACAGCCAGCUCAGUGUUUAUAAGAGCAAGAACGAUGUCCCAAUGUCCCGAGAAGAAGCAGAGGGGGAGGGGAGAUCCCUGCUUUCCCCUGCACUGAUCACAAUCUUAUAGCAGGUUCUUCUAGAUUUGUUUUGUUUCUGUAAGGUACAAUAUUCUGAGGGAAGAGGCGGAGGGGAUAAGGGACUGAGAUCACAGCAGACGCCAGUCACAUAAGGACAAUGAGGAGUCUGAGGAGCUGCUUCGCUGCACUGUGCACAGUUUCUCUUCUUAUAGGGUUCAUCUUCAGAUUUACCUUGAAGGAACUUUCCAUAAAGGUGGGCGGUAAACUAGCAGCUCCAACUACGACAACAUGGCCAAAGACGACCCAGCUGGACGAGGAGCUUGACAAUCUCUUGAAGAUGACAGAAUGGCCACUGCCCCCAGCGAAUACAAGUUUGGAAUUUUCCACCCAUCCAGAGAAAUCCAUAUUUUUCUUGCUCCUUCCUCGCUCCACCUAUGUUGUGGGGGAGAAGUUGGAGGUCCAUGUCAUGGCCAAGGACCUUAAAGGUCGAGCUAAGAAAUAUGGUGGAGAUUAUUUCCAUGCCAAGCUUCAUUCUCCAAGACUUAAAGCUGGUGUGAGCGGAUCUGUGAUCGACCAUCGCAAUGGAUCCUACACGGCCUCCUUUAUUCUUCAGUGGCCGGGGCAGACCAUGGUCUCCAUAAAGCUCAUGCACUCCAGUGAAGCCAUCGCCAUUCUGCAUGAGAAAAGGAUCACACGGCCAGACAAGGUUUUCUUCAAAGGCUACUUUAUGCAAAAUGCGACAGUAGAAGUGGUAGAAUGUAACUUUAACCUCCCCGGACAAGACGUCUGUGAAUAUUAUGAUUCCCGGAAUGAAGAAAAAUGGGUGUGCCAGAGGCCUAAAACACUGCCAUGUGAUGCUUAUCGGGACCAUUCAUCUGGAGGCAAUCGUAAAAUCCUAAGUAAAGAAGAAUAUGAGUUCUUCUCCAUGUCAUUAAUAGAACAGGAUCUCUCAUCAGAAGUCAAAUCUUUUAAUGUUCUUCCUCAUAAAGAUAAAGUAGCAGAAAAGGGACCUUGUGUAUCCGGGCUGCAGAAUCCAAUUCCCUCAGGAUUUUAUUAUAAAGACACUUGGACGUCCCUCGUCUGCUCCAAUCAAGAGUUCAACAUCUCCACCAAAGUAGCCGAAUGCCUCGCUGGAAAAAUGGUCUACAUGUUUGGAGACUCCACCCUGCGCCAGUGGUGGGAAUAUCUAGUGAAGUUUGUUUUAACCCUCAAGCAGAUCGACCUUCACGUGACUCACAAUCCUGGUCCGUUGUUAGCAACUGAUUCCGAAUAUAACUACAUAGUACAAUGGAGAGCACACCAGAAGCCUCUGCGUAUGGAGCGCACAGGAAUCCAGGAGCUCCGCUACAUUGCUUCAGAGCUGGAUAGGCUGGGCGCCCGGAAAGGGAUGGUCAUCGUGUUGACCUGCUGGAGCCACUUCCUCACCUAUCCCAUUGUGAUUUAUGUGCAGAGACUGCGACACAUCCGAGAAGCUGUAAUACAACUUUUAGAACGUAGCCCCGAUACAAAAAUUCUCAUCAAAUCGGCCAACACUGGAUAUAAGUUUGACCAUGGCAGUGACUGGUUGUCUUACCAGUUGGAUACGGUGAUGAGGGCCAUGUUCUCCAUGCUGCCAGUGUCCAUUCUGGAUGUCUGGCAAAUGACCUCUUGCCACCGAUUUCCAGAAAAUCUUCAUCCACAAGAGAUCAUAAUAAAAAAUGAGGUUGACCUGAUGUUGUCUUUCAUAUGUCCACAGUAGAGAUACGUGAAUUGGAAUUCGUCCGAAUCGGACUUUUUCAUCAGAAAAAAGAAAAAAGAAAAAAAAAACUGAUUUGUUAGAAUCUGAACUUUUAUGAGAUUUUUUUCCAGAAGAUUCAAGUAUACAGGAAAAGGCAGGAGACAUCCCUACUCCUGUACGCUAAGCGGCCUGGAAGUACGUACUGUGCAGGAACAAUUGGGGCAUUUUCAAAUCCAUAUCAGGAGCCACAACUGAAACAAGUCAAGUUUGGUGAUUUGGACCCAGAAAUGAGUCUCAGGAGAUUCAUUCAUCUCUAGUCCCCAGUAACUGUAUCAUUUUCAUAUAUACAACUUCUAUGUGUCUCCAUUAUAACAGGCUGUAGGGGAAUCUUUAGUAAUCUGUUUCUGCUCUAUCAUAAGUCCUGGGUUCAUACGAGUAGCAGAAGCUAUUAUUAGGACCUUGGAACAGCCAGUUGUAGGGGAAGCCUGGUUCUGCAGUUUUGUGACCCGUCAGAAGUUCCUGCAUUUUUUUCUCUUUUCACUGAAUUCCAAAAGCUAAGACUUUUCUUUAUUUGUGCUGAAGUUACUGAAUAAGAAUUAUGUGGGGGUAAUUCUAUCAUUUUUGGUGGUUACAAAAUAUUUUUUUUACAUUACUUAGGUGGAGUUCACAUCACAUUUUGCCCUGGCAUGGAUAUGCAAGCAAAAUGUUAACAUGAGGUAUACUGAGUUAUCCAUGCACACAUUUUAAAGGUGUGCUCCAUUGGCCAGCGUUCAGAACAUUUAGUUCUGAAAGCUGUGUGCACGCUGCAGGGGUCGGCCAUGUGAUGUCACGCCACGCCCCUUCAAUGCAAGCCCCUUCCCUUGACUACAGGGGACUUGAACCCGCAAGGGAGAUGAAUGGAAAACAGCUUUCAAUACUCGUGACAGACAUUUUGAGUAUCUCGUAAUUCCUUUUGGUCUCUGCAAUGCUCCUGCCGUUUUUCAAGAGUUUGUCAAUGAUAUCUUCCGUGAUCUUUUCUACACCUGUGUUGUCGUAUACCUAGAUGACAUCCUGAUCUUCUCUUCCAACUUAGUGGAGCAUCGUACUCAUCUUUGUCUGGUUCUUCAGCAGCUACGGAAGAAUCAUCUCUACCCCAAACUGGAGAAAUGCCCCCUUGUACAGGGGUCGGACACGCCCCCUUGUGAUGUCACGCCUGCGCGCACUCAUCGUUCGGAACUAAAUGUUCCGAAUGCUGGUCAGUGGAGUACCCCUUUAAUGGCCCAAAAGUGCUGUCUUUUUUGGGUACGUUUCUGGGCCCAUUAGACCACACUAACGUAAAACUCAGAUACGCUUUGCCAAACAUAGCCCAAGCUGACCCAAAUUAUUUGACUACAUUUUGACCUUUGAAAUGAAUAGGGCCCAUGUCUGUCUGUGCUCGGAUACUUUGGCAUGCCAUUUAGACAUUUUGGUGACAUAUGCUCGAGGGCACAAACGUAAUGUGAAUGCGCCCACCUUUACUGCACUGUGUGUACGAAGAAUAGUCAAUAUGUG